UAGCGUUAGCAGCACUUGGUGCGAACUUCCUCAUUGGGAGGGAUAGCGAAGUCUGACAGGAGCAACGUAUCUGCCUUAAACAACCCACGGUGCUUGGUCUGUUUUAUUUUACUUUCAAGACUUACAAAUGUCGAAGCCUCCUCCCAAGCCGGCCAAGCCAGGCCAAGUCAAGGUGUUCAGAGCAUUAUUCACCUUUGAGCCCAGAACGCCUGAUGAGCUGUACUUUGAAGAAGGAGACAUCUUGUACAUCUCUGACACAAGUGAUAGUAAUUGGUGGAAGGGGACCUGCAGAGGGAGGACAGGACUAAUUCCAAGUAAUUAUGUGGGUGAGCAUGCAGAGUCUAUUGACAAUCCAAUGCAUGAAGCAGCCAAACGAGGAAACCUGAGCUGGCUGAGGGAAUGUGUGGACAACAGAGUCGGAAUCAACGGGCUGGAUAAAGCUGGAAACACUGCCCUCUACUGGGGAUGCCACGGAGGACACAAAGAUGUGGUGGAGCUGUUGCUAAGCCAGCCCAAUGUGGAGCUCAACCAGCAGAAUAAACUUGGAGACACUGCUCUGCACGCUGCUGCCUGGAAGGGUUACUCUGACAUCGUGGAGAUGUUGCUCAACAAGAAUGCCAGGAUAGACAUCAGGAACAAUGAGAAUAAGUUGGCACUGGAGAUGGCCACCAAUGCCCAGUGUGCGUCACUUCUCAAAAGGAAGCAGGGAAGCAACAUCACUCGCACGCACAGCAACGCUGAGGAGUAUUUGGAUGAUGAGGACUCAGACUGAGCCGGCCACGCUGGACCAUCGUCUCUGUCUUCCAAUAGGGUUGGGGUUGGGGGAGGGGUGGGGUUGGGGGGGUUAAAGAGCUCAGAGUUUUAUUACAGGCCUAAAAUGGAUUUGCUGCUGUGGUUCGAUCUGUAACUCCAUUGUGGUUCACCUCAGUUCUCCACCCCCUCAUCAGUGUGAGUUUUCAGAACACUGAAUUGGUGCAUUCUACAGUUUACCUGUGUUUGUGUCGCGCACCAUGGACCGAGGGGCUGAAUAUAUGUAAGUGUUGGAAAAUGGUGCAAAAACUCUGAGAAACACAUUCCAAACAUACAGAUUAUGUUUAACCCAUUUAAACAGGGCAUUAAAGUGCCAGCGCAGAUUAAACAAUUGAUCUGCUUUGUUUAGUGUCUAGUUUAAAGCUCCACUUAAAUGAGUAAACAAAAAAAAUCCCCUGCACAAGAUUAGAAACACAUUUCUUGCAUCUCUUUUCCUUAAUUGUAAAUGCACCUUGGAGAUCCAUCACAUCUAUGCAUAGUUUAAACCUAUUUAUUUUUCUAUGGGAGGCUGAUUAUUUCCCCUUUAAACUCCUGCUGAAAAACCUGAUGCAGCGUGUUACUGUGUUACAUCCUUGGUCAAAUUCAACCUUUCAGUAAAAUACAUAGAUGUGCAGAAUGGGAGAAACGUAUUGUUAAACUGCCUCAUGUGGCACACACCUCUCCCUUCCAUUCCUUCCGUGUCAUGAAACCUCUUUUGUACCCGUACUACUUGUAUUCAGGUCUAUACUGUAACAUUUCCACUGCCAUCAAACAUCUUCAGUCUCAUCUGUGUCUUUCCUACUUUUGAUGGACUAUUUUCCAUCCUGGGAGCAAAUUUCUAGAUUAAAUGCUGCUUUCCAACAAAUUAUAUAUAU